ACGCCGACUUCAACACAGCAACGAACAAAACUUAGAAAAGGUGAACCAGAACUAAACUAAAGACAAACAUAAUAACUAAUAUUUAAAUUUAGUAAAAAAACACACACACACACAAGCAGAUACACACAGAGUAACACUAAAACAAACAGACGAGAAACGCACGCCAAAUCCAAAGGCAAACAUUAAACAAUUAGCAGCAGCAGCAGCAGCAUCAACCGCCGCACAGUAGCAGUAGAAACAGAAACAGUAGCAGUAGCACAAGUAGUAACAGUAACAGUAACAGCAGCAGUAGCUAUGGAUGAGAUGCCCGAUUUGUCUCACUUGACGCCACACGAGCGCAUGCAAAUUGAAAAUGUGCUCAUGAGGCAGAAGCAGGAGGAGGAGAAACAGAACGAGAUAAUGCGACGCAAGCAAGAUGAAGUUGUCACACUAGAGAUGCAAAUACGUCAGCGUUCGGAACAGCAGAAGAAGGCCGGCGUUGAGCUUGAUGCGACCUGUCACAUAUGCCUUAAGACCAAAUUUGCUGAUGGCGUUGGCCACAUUUGCCAUUACUGCAACAUACGCUGCUGUGCCCGAUGUGGCGGCAAAGUGACGUUGCGCAGCAAUAAGGUUAUUUGGGUUUGCAUAUUAUGCCGAAAGAAACAAGAAUUGCUCUCGAAAACUGGCCAGUGGAUGAACAAGACGGCCGUGCAGCAAGAUGGUUUCAUCAGACGCAUCGAACCGGAUGGCAGUAGUGAUAUAUCCCAGCAAGCGAUUGUUGAUCCGCACGAUACCACAGAUAAGAGACCCAAGCUGGAGCGCACGCGCAGCGCAGCCGAGAAGGAGAACCUGCCCAUGCAGCGCACAGGCAGCGUCCUUCGACGUCAGUAUUCACAGCAGGAGCAGCCAACGAAUCGACGCCUCUCUGCCUCGGAUAGCGGCAUGGAUGCCAUGAGUCCGGGACAGCAACGCUCGCGCAUGCAGCCCAUUAAUCCGCAGCAGCAGCAGCAAUAUCAGCAACAACAGCAGCAGCAGCAACAGCAAGCCUAUGGAUUGCAACAGCAACAGCAGCCUGGACGUACUGGCGCCUAUCCCGAGGACGAUCCGCGCUUCUAUCAGGGUGAACUGGAUGGCUUAAUGCGACAGCAUCCACAUCUGGCACAUCCCAGCCAAUUGCAGCAGCAGCAACAACACCAACAACACCAACAGCAACAACAUCAGCAACAGCAACAACAGCAGCAUCUCAUGCCACAGCAACAGCAACAACAGCAGCGUCAAGGGGCACAACAACCACAGCAACAAUAUGGCACGCCUCCAGGCAUGUAUUCCUCGGGGCGCAUGCAGCCAACGCAUUCCAUGCAGCAGCAACAACAACAGCGGCUUCCACCACAACUCCAGCAACAUCAUCCGCAACAACAGCAGCAACAGCAGCCGCAGCAAGCCUAUCAUGGCACGCCCACACACGUCCAAGUCCACCAUCAAAUGCCAAGCAGUCAUCUGCCCACGCAGUCGCCAUCGAUGGCCGUUGGUUACCAGAAACCACCACCGCUGACGCGCAAUCUGACCAUCAGUGGUGGUCAUGCAAUGGAUGCCACCUCCUAUAACCAGCAGCAGCAGCAGAGGCGCCAACUGGCCGGCGCCCAAUAUGCCUCACAACAGCAGCGCUCCUUCAGUAGCUCCGAGGAGGAGUUUCAAUCCCACUUGUUGGCCGCCCAAGCACAGGCCUCCAUGUCGAGUGUGGGCGCUGGAGCCACUUCUGCCUUGGACUAUGACGGCGGUCGUCUACACGUUCGCUCGGAUCCGUGGCGCCAACAGCGUAGCCUGAACGAACGCGAUCUUUUGAGCGUGAGUGGCUCGUACGCGUCCAGCGACUUCCGGCUGCUGGCGCACACCAAUCGACUAUACUCAUCGGCCGAUCAGCGCGAUCGUUACGAGCUGCAGCUGCAGCAUCGGGAACGGCUCGAGCAGUAUCCUUUGACACGAACCGCCCGUCUGGACGUGCAACAGCGCAACAACUUCAAUCGCACAAACCACGAACGACAGUUCGCCAUCGGUGGCAUUGGUGGUGCUGGUGGCGCCUAUCGGCGUGCACCACCCCUGGCAGCAGCCAGUGCGGGCGGCAGCAGUAGCAGCAGCACCAGCAGCACCUAUCCCUACCCCGCGGGCCAGGGCAAGCCGCAGAUUGUAAUUGGCAGUGGUGGUGGUGGCAGUGGUGCUGCUUCGUCUGCUUCCUCCUAUGAGCACAGCCUUAUGUCGGCCACCGCCGACGGUGCCAUGGCAGGGCAGCGCUCGCUCAGCCAUGAGCGUAGUUUGAGUCGUGAGCGCAGCCUGCUCGGCCCAGGAGGCAGUUCGGUUAGCUCCACAUCCUCGUCGUCGGCGGCGCAAGACUCACGACGUUUCACUGAGCGCAGAAUAAAGAAGACUGUGCGUUUCGAUGCCCAGGACGAGCCCAUUGCACCUGGAGUGGUUGUGGGGAGCACCACACUGCCACCGGUGACGACCAUUCUGCCCUCCACAGCGGUCGAUGUGGGGGCAGCGACCAUACUGACCAGCGGCAAGCUGACUCAUCCCACAGCGGCAGCGGCUGGACCGCUGCCAGUUGACGAUUGGGCGCGCUGGGAGGCUGAGCGACAGGGCAGCCAGGAUUCAGCCACCAAGGAUUCGGGCAUUGAUACGAGCAGCACAUUCACCAGCAGCGAGGACUCGAAUCGUGGCGAUGGGCCCAAGAAUCCAGUGAAUUGGCAAACAUCCGCGGAUAAUACUCGCAUGAUUGGUCACAUGAUAUUACGUAAAUACUAUGAUGGGGAAGAUAUAUUAGGCUUAAAGGUGAACGGCGGUCAACCGCUUACUCUGGAGCAUAACGGCAGCACCGGCGGCGGAGGCAUCAGCGGCAGUAGCAGUAGCAGCGGUGCAUGUGGUGCUAUAGUGGAGAAGGUGAAACGCGGCUCUGUGGCCGAUCUGGAGGGGCGCUUACGACCAGGUGACGAGAUCAUCGAAUGGAAUGGCCGUAACCUGCACAAUAAGAGCGCCGAUGAGGUCUACGACAUCAUCGACGAGAGUCGCCUCGAUGCACAAGUGGAAUUGAUUGUCUCGCGCUCCCUGCUGCUGCCCACCGGCAGCGGCGGCAGCAGCGGAGGCAGCAGCAGCAACGUCAGCCCCAGCAGCGCCUGCUCCGGAGGCAGUGCGCGAAAAUCUUCCGCCAACUUUCCGCACAGCAGUCUGGCGAGCAGCAUGGCGGGCAGUGCGGUGGUCAGCAGUGGCGGUCGCUAUUUGCAGCGCAAAGCACCUGCGGUCGAGGCCAUUGAAAUACAUCGCGAGAAACCCAGCGUUUUAAUCACAUCGCCCGGCUCGCCGGAUCUGCACGUCACUGCCGCGGGCAGUGCGGGAUUACGGCAACGUGGCGGCACAGCGCAGCAUCAACAGCGCCUGGGACCAAACGCCAACAGCCAGAGCCACCAUUCGCACUCGCACAGCAGCAGCAACAACAGCAACCACAGUAGCAGCGGCAGCAGCACCAGCAGCGCCCAACUACAAGCCGCCAACGUCGGCGGCCUUCACAGCACAACGACGGCGGGCCACCACCACCAUCAUUGCCAUCAGCCGGCAGCUCCAUCACCGACAUCGCACGCGCACGCGCACCCGCAUUCGCACUCGCUGCCCCAUGCCCCGCCCCAUCAUGCGCAUCAUGGCGCAUUCGGGGGCAGUGGUGGCGGCACCACGACACAGCCCAUACCCAUCGAGGGGCGCCUGCAGCUGAAGCUCGGCUACGAUCAAAAUACACUGCAAUUGAUCGUCACGCUCGUCUGCGCCACCGGGCUGUCAUUGCGGCACAGCGGUGCGGGGCGCAAUCCCUAUGCAAAAAUGUUCCUUCUGCCCGAUCGUAGCCAGAAAUCGAAGCGACGCACAAAAACUGUUGGCACAACUUGUGAGCCCCGCUGGGGCCAGACAUUCAUUUACUCGGGCCUGCGCCGCUGCGAUCUGAAUGGUCGGCUGCUGGAGAUCACGUUAUGGGACUAUGUGCGUUAUGGUGCCAAUGAUUUUAUUGGCGAGGUGGUCAUCGAUCUGGCGCAUCACAUACUGGACGACGAGGCCGAAUGGUAUCAGCUACUGCCGCAUCAGGACACCUCCUAUCUCUUACGUGACGAGGGCAGCGAUGUGGACGGCCUGAUACUGACACCGACAGAUCAUUUAUCACCGCCGAGCACCACAUCGCGUCUAAGUGACUCAGAUACGACAUCCGAGUGCGACAUCGAUGGAAUGACAACAGGGCGUGAUGGCGCCAGCAUAUCAUCAAUGGGCAGCUCAGCCAGUCCGCCCCUGCCAGAGCUCGAUCUUAACGAGCGUCGCUCGAGACGUGACAUGUCGCCCCAGGGCCGCAAACGGGUAGCCGGCAUGGUGGCCCGUGAUUAUCGCACUGUAUCUGGCAUUGGACAAAGUUAUCACAAUCAGGCCUCAGCUACGGGUUAUUAUCGACGAGGCGGUGGCAAUGGUGUGUGCCCCACCAUCGGACCUGGUGGCAUGAGCCUCAGCCAACGCAGUCACUCGGCAGCCCCCAGCGAUAGUUACCACAGCGGAGGUGCAGUUCAAGGUGCUCACGGGCCGGGUGCCGGCAGUUACGGUUACCGCAGCAGCAGCCCACGACGCGGCUCACUCUCACCUCCCGACGAUCGCUACAUAGACUAUCCAGUGCUUCCAAUACACGGGUCUCCGAACGCCACGGCGUACGGCCCAGCGGGCCCCGGCAGUGCGUCGGCGGCCGCAGCGACGCAGCAACAACGCUUUCAAUCGCGAUCAGCUACGGCCACGCCAACGGGCUCACCUAAGAAGCGACAACUGCCACAGGUGCCACAGACUUCGCGCAGUGCCAUGUUACGCGAUCGGCUGGGUCAGGACUUUGACGAACGCCUGGCCUCGGGCAGCCGCUUUGGACGCCACCGUACACGUCAGCCGCAUCAUCAGGCCACCUAUCGCAGCACCGGAAUGGGGGGCUGGGAGCGUCAUUAUACGGGACUAUCGGACAGCGAUCUGCACUCGAUGGACACCCGCAUGCGACCGCGUCAUUCUCUAUCGCCAGACAAGGAUUUCAUGGGCGAGUUUGGGGACUCUGAUAUGGAGUCGGUAGUUAGUGUGACAUCCAGCGCCUUUUCUACGCAAUCGGAGCGACCGCGCACCUCUCGCGGUCUCAGCUUCCCACGCAAUUGGCGCAAUCUCUUUGGCGUACGAAAUAGCUUCCUUGGCGGCUCAGGUGCCGUCACGGGUCUCAGCGUCUAUCCCAUGACCAAUGGGCAUGGACUGAGCGCCGUACCCCGGAACGCUGCCGCGGGCUGCUUUGAACGUUACCGGGCCAAUACCAUUGAAGUGGACGACUGUGCCUAUUUGCCACAGCACACGAUGACGCAGCCCCAAAUCAACACCGCCGCGCAACAGCUGCUGCUGCUGGAGCAACUGGAGCAGUUGCAACAAUUGGCAGCUCAGGCAGCUGCCGACUCGCCACCCAACACAGCCGUCGCCCUCAAGCCGCCCCAUGGGGGGAAUGUGAUUGCUGCGACGAAUAGCGGCAGCGAGCUGGUCGACCAAUUCUUUGUGGAGCCAGCGACGGCGGCGGAAGAGCUGCUGCUUGCGGAAGCAGCAUCCGCUGAGGCACAGCAGACGCAGACAACAGCAAAUUCAAUCGAUCCACACAAUCCGCAUCCACAUUCGUUCUAUGCACCGCAUCUACUCUCAUUUGCCGACAUGCACUUUCCGGAGUUUCUCACGCAUGCCGCCGAAUAUACGCACCACCUGCCAUCUGACAUGUUCCUGCGACGUAACGGACGCCACACUGCCUCCUCCUCCUCCUCUGCGGCUGCUGCGGGCUAUCAGCUGCCCAGCUUUGAGCAGUUCAAGCGCAUUACCACGCCCGUCAUGAAUAUCUUUCGUAGCUCACCCACCGCCGCCACCGCACCGGUGCAUGCCCAUGAACACGCCCACACCGUGUCUUCGUCGCCCUCGUCCUAUGUGGGCUAUGUGCGCGAUCACUUCGACAAUAGCUGCAGUCAUUGUCAGAAUGGCAGCCAGCCGGUGGUGCUAUCCACCAAUACAGCACUAGCUACCCCUGGGGUAGCCAUUGGCGCUUGCGCCGAUCCCUAUUGCCUGGCCGAUGCGCAUCCCCAUCCCCAGCAUCAGCCAAUUGCUUAUCCCUAUACCGCCGAACAGCUGCUGCGUCGUCCCUCGCUAUCAAUGUUUCAGCCCACAUCAGAACCAUCGCUGCCCACCAUGGACCCGGCAAUGUGCGGCGAGUGUGUGGAUCAGCAUUUUGUCGGAGGUCUAACUGGGCCGCAAGUCAAUUUGGGUGCCGUGCCCACUUAUCACGUGCACACGCCCACGCCGACGGCGCAUAGGCAGUCGAAGUCCCAGCUAGCGCCGCCGCCACCGCUGCCCACCCAAUCAGUGCUGCGCCUUUCGCGUCAGCUUAGCGAGGAUGCCCUGGUCACUGCGGUACCCAUUGCCGAGGCUAAGGCACAGCCCACGUCCAUACUGAAGAAGCCCAAAUUGGGCAUGCCAGCUCCUCGUAAUUCUCUCGAUCGCCGAAAAAUGUUCCACGAGGGUCAAUCCCGAUCCCUAGACUAUGACGAUCUGCACGCAAAGAGCUGGGGUCGUCGCCGCAUACGUUACGAGGACGAGGUCUAUCACACGCCCAUGGAAGAGGAGCUCGAUCUAGCACGUCGCUACGGCUCUGAGACGAACAUACGUCAGUCCUAUAUGGGCGCCAAUGUGAACGAGGCCAAUCCAUUGAGUCAUUCGCAUUUUCUGGUGACUGACGACAAGAUAGUCACAAUCACCUACGACUCGGAUGUGGGCUGGACGCGUCGCGGUGUGGCGCCCUCGCUUUUUCGUGGUCCCCAUCGCAGGGGCGGCUACGCUGCGGAUGCUCGCAAUCAUAUGUCAUUGGACCUACAGCGUACUAGUCAGCAGAAGCUGUAUGGUCCAGCGGCCCCCUAUCUCAAGCGCCGCCGAAACCUUCCCCAUCCGCCCAGUGCACAAAACGCCCACAAUUUUUCACCGGUGGAGGGGGCAGCGGUGGACGGCACCGCCACAAUGUCGCAGCAUGGUGGGGUCAGCAUUAACGAACAGCCCGAAUAUUUUGAAUACGACAACUUUGUACGACGUAGUGGUGGUGGAAGUGGUGGCGGCGGUGUCGGCGUCGGCGGCUCAACCCACCACAAUCCCAACACACAACACACACUACACAACAAUAGUAGCCACAACCACAACAAUAGCCACACAGCAGUCACGAGUAGUGUUAGUGGUAGCAAUACAAUGGCCCAUAGUAGUAGUGGCCAACAAUCAGUUAGGCAAAAAGGGAAAGAAGGCACAUCGCUGCUUGCAACUGCAACUGCAACAGCGGCAGCGGCAGCAGCAACAUCGGAACAACAGACGAAAUCUAGUAGUGGGAGUGGUAGUGGUGGUGGUGCUUCGACUACUGCUGCUGCUGGUAAUAUCGUCGUCGGUAGUAAUAAUGCUAAUAAUGCUUCUUCUUCCUCUUUUGCAAAUCCCCCACAACAUCAUGGUGUCGCUAAUCAACCAACAACAAUAACAAAUGCAUCACCCAAUAAACGUGCCUCAUCAUUGACACAUCAACAACAACAACAACUACAACAACAACAACAAACACACAACAACAACAACAAUUACAAUCACACCGUCACAACAAAUGACUUGACGCAUGACCAAAACGUAACAACAACAAUAACAAAUCCCACACAACAACAACAACAACCACCAAAUACAUCCACAAAUCUCACCACAAAUGUAACAACAACAAACGCAUCGCCGAAUGCAACGAAUGCAACGAAUACAACGAAUGCUGCGGCAACAACAACAACAACAACGACGACAACAACAACAACAACCGCAACGACUGCUACAACAACUGCCACAAAUACAACAACAACAAAUAAUACAAAUAUACCGAAUGAAACAAACGCAACAACAACAACAACAACCGCACCGGCUGCCGCCACGGACGCGGAUGCCGAUGCGCCACUCGAUGUUAUCGAUUGGGACGCCAUUGACGCCAUGCUGGACGACGAUUUCAGCGAGUACGAUAAGGAGAAGAACGGAGCCGAGGAGGAAGGCGGUGCUAAGCCAGCAGAAGCCGGCGCCGAAAACGAAGAGAAAGUUGAUGGCAGCCUCUCAGAUACCGCCAACGAUCGCAAGAAGGGCGGCGUAGACCAAGAACGUUCGCCCAAGAGCGGCAGUGGCAUGGGAAAAAAGUCCAACUCCACAUCACAGCUGUCCGCAACAGGUCGUAAAAGACGUAUGGGCUUUGGAAAAAAGGGUAAGAACUCGUUUACGGUGCAUCGUAGUGAGGAGGUUUUGCCCGGCGAUAUCACACGCGAGAUGCGCGGUGGGCUGUCGCGUGGGUCGUCCUCGGAGGCGGAUCCCAUUGAGCAGUUUUUCGGCGAUGGCGCUGGUGGGGAAAGAUUCUCGCCCUCACUGCGUAAUGAUGGCGCCCUGAAUGAGUUUGUUGAUGGUCUGGGACCUGGACAGUUGGUAGGUCGGCAAGUGCUGGGCGCCCCUUCGCUGGGCGACAUACAGCUGUCGUUGUGCCAUCAGAAAGGCUUUCUGGAGGUCGAGGUUAUACGCGCUCGAGGGUUACAGCAAAAACCCUCAUCAAAAAUGCUGCCUGCGCCCUAUGUGAAGGUCUAUUUGGUGUCGGGCAAGCGAUGCAUCGAUAAAAUGAAGACGUCUACGGCGCGUCGCACCCUCGAUCCGCUCUACCAGCAGCAAUUGGUUUUCAAACAGCCCUACACCGGUUGCGUUUUACAAGUAACCGUUUGGGGCGAUUAUGGACGCAUCGAAAAGAAAGUAUUUAUGGGCGUGGCACAGAUAAUGCUCGACGAUCUCAAUCUAUCGAAUAUCGUUAUCGGCUGGUACAAGCUCUUUGGCACCACCUCACUGGGUCGUCCGAUCGUUUGGGCCGGCGAAUCUGUUAUAAUGGAGGAGCCGGGUGAAUAACAGUUUCUAAUGAACGGCGGCGAUACAACAACAGCGAAAACACUUUAAGCACCAAGCACAAACAAAUUCGAUAGAUUGUUGUUAACAAAAAAACAAAAGAAACAAAAACAAAAAAAAGAAACUUGCAUUUAAGCAAAGGUCCUAAUGAACUGAAUUUAACCUUUACAAAGAGCUGCCAGCCAGGCAGCCAAAUAACAAAAAGCCGUACGAAUACAAAUGCGUAAGCGGACCAACGUAUUUUUCAAAGUUGCCCAACAAUUUGAGAGCCGACGUUGCCGCCAUUUGGGCUUAAACUCUGGAGUGCGCGUUGCUGUAUUAUGCUUAAGUCCAACGUUUUUUUCCUCAAUACUAAUACUACUACUACUACCAACAACAACAACAACAAGAGCAGCAGCAGCAGCAACAACAUCAUCAACAACAACAGCGAAAAGAAGCAGAAGAACAAAGACAAGCAGUGAACUUUCCAUCAAAAAUAUGAAAUGCAGAAAUAUCUAUAAAAAGGAGAAAAUUAACUUUUUUAAGUCAUGACAAAAACAAUGCAUUUAAAACAAACAAAAAACAAAAAUAUCUAUAAAAAUAUU